AUGUCCAAAGCAGCACGUGCCAAGAAACCAGCAGCACCACUUCCAGGAUGCACCCUGGAUAUCAAUGACCCGCAGGUCCAGAGUGCUGUUAUUCUCAUCCAGGCCUCUUACAGGGGCCUCAGGUCUCAGAAGGAACUGCGUGAGAAGGGACCCCCGAGGGUGCUCUAGCCGCUGAUCCAGGGCAGCGCAGUCAAGCUGAUAUGUGCUUCCCAGACCCCCUUCACCUGCUGGAGCAAAGAUGGCAGACUAUGCAAUGGGUACAAGUACCACAACGUCUUCGAGGACUGUGGCAUUGGUGGGCAGACAGACCUGGGCCAGUACAGCAUCAACGUACCCAACCCCUUCGGCCAGUGCUCCCACUGGGCGCGCAUCCUCGUGGGAGUCCUGGCCAAGGUUCAUAGGGGACCCGACAACACCACCCAGGUCUGCGAAGGCACCACGGCCACGGACACAGGCACGCUGACUUUGGAGAUCCUGGGUGAGCCUCCACCCGACGUGGGCUGAUGCAAGGACGGACAGGACAUGGAGGAGGACGACAGGGUAUUCUUCGAGAUCGCCACCACUCUGGCCACUAGCCGGCCACGACCCCAGGACAGCCACAAGUACGAGGUGCACGUGGAGAACACUGGCAUGGACCAGAGCUUUGCUCGUGUGGACGUGGCCUGA